GAAAUAUCACUGUCGCAACAGAGUAAUCAAGAUGAAGUUCAUCGCUAUCCUUUUCUUCCUGUGCGCCAUUGUUGCUGCAACAUCCACCAGCAGCACGACAACCACAACGGAGACCUCCACUACUUCUACUACAGCUUCGUCGGUCCCAGCGCCAGUUCCUUGCGGAAAUGGGCCCCAAGGACCUUGUGCCAAAAAACUAUACUUUUUCUACUAACGAACUGUUUGAGCCUUGCAUAAUACCCAUAAAUAAAAUUCCUACGACCUAAUAAAGCUCCAAACUGUUUAAAAA